AUGUCCGUAUCCGCAGCAUUGAAGAGUAGGGUCAGGAGACCGAGCUAUUUGAAGAAGAUCGCCAAGGCUGAGGACCUGCUUCAUCAUUUUCCAAACGGUGCAUAUGUCGGUUGGAGUGGAUUCACAGGUGUAGGGUAUCCAAAGAAGAUACCUACUGCUUUGGCCGACCAUGUCGAAAAGAACAAUCUGCAGGGUCAGAUGAAAUACAACCUCUUUGUUGGCGCGUCUUCUGGUGCCGAGACUGAAAACCGAUGGGCGCGUUUGAACAUGAUCGAGCGGCGGUCGCCUCAUCAGGUUGGAAAGGAAAUUGCAAAGGGUAUCAACAAUGGAAACAUCAAGUUCUUCGAUAAACAUCUGAGCAUGUUCCCGGUGGACUUGAUGUAUGGAUACUACACACUUAACAAACCCUCAAACCGCCUCGAUGUAACCAUCGUGGAAGCUUCUGCCAUUACCGAAGAUGGUGGCAUCAUUCCUGGUGCUUCCGUUGGCGCAUCACCUGAGCUCAUCCAGAUGGCUGACAAGAUUAUAAUCGAAGUCAACACGGCAGCUCCCUCUUUCGAAGGCCUACACGAUAUCACCAUGACUGAUCUGCCUCCUCGCCGGAAGCCGUAUCUUAUCAUGGCCCCUGAGGACCGCAUUGGUACCCCUCAUAUCCCGAUCGAUCCUGAGCGUGUCGUGGCGAUUGUCGAGAGUGACUACCCCGAUCAAACUCAACCGAACGCGCCUGAGGACGACACGAGCCGGGCAAUUGCUUCGAACUUGAUUGAGUUCUUGAAGCAUGAGGUGAACCACGGCAGACUCCCAGAGAACUUGCUCCCUCUCCAGUCUGGUAUUGGUAACAUUGCGAAUGCUGUCAUCGGAGGUCUGGCUUCUGGAGGUGCAAACUUCAAGAACCUCAAGGUUUGGACAGAGGUGCUACAGGACUCCUUCCUUGAUCUUUUCGAUUCUGGCAACCUAGACUUCGCCACCGCAACCUCCAUCCGCUUCUCCCCCGACGGCUUCCAGCGCUUCUACAAGAAUUGGGACCGCUACGCACCCAAGCUACUCCUCCGCUCCCAGCAGGUUUCGAAUUCACCCGAGAUCAUCCGCCGCCUCGGUGUCAUUGGUAUGAACACCCCUGUCGAAGUGGACAUGUAUGCGCACGCAAACAGUACCUGCGUCAUGGGAUCCCGUAUGCUCAACGGCCUUGGCGGAUCUGCAGACUUCCUCCGUUCUGCCAAGUACUCUAUCAUGCACACGCCCUCUACACGCCCCUCCAAGACCGAUCCCACCGGCGUCUCCUGCAUUGUGCCCAUGUGCACGCACAUCGACCAAACAGAGCACGACCUCGACGUUAUUGUAACGGAGCAGGGUCUCGCUGAUGUACGCGGUCUUUCACCGCGCGAACGCGCCCGCGUCAUCAUCAAGAAAUGCGCGCAUCCCGAUUACCAGCCUAUCUUGGAAGACUACUUCAACAAGGCGGAGUUCGAAUGCUUGAGGAAGGGCUGGGGCCAUGAGCCGCAUUUGCUGUGGAACAGCUUCGACAUGCACAAGCACUUGAAUGAGAAAGGUACGAUGAAGUUACCGAGCUGGGACUGGAGGAGCAGUGAGGAGGGUAUGAACAGUGCGAAGAGCAAGCUAUAA